AUGACUACUAAUACUAGUAGUUGUAGUGGUAGUAAUAAUAAUGAUGAUAUCACUACGACUACGACUCUCGCAACCGCCAAUACAACAGCGAAUGAUAAUGUCACUAUGUUGAAUAGUCUUCAAGAUGAGACAUUCAUUGUAAAUCCUCACUUCCAUAUUGAUAUCUCCUCGUCAUCAUCAUCGUCAUUGUCAACCACUAGUACUACUACUAAUACACAUUUGCCGUCUUCAGGAUUAUCUGAUCACUUGAAUACAGAAACGUUUGUGACUGUUCAAGCUCCUUUCUCUCGUCCAGUAAAACCGGCAAUUUUUAACGAUGAUUUAGUUAACACUGUUACUACUACUGAUAAAUUGAAGAGUAGUAGUAAUAUGGCAACAAGUCGUCGAUCGAUACAAUCAGAGACUAGUAAUUCUUGA